AUGGCGGGCAGAGUGGAGACGACACGGCGGGCGGCACGGACGGAGGUGAGGUCGACUCGUGGGGCGAGGGGGCAGCGCGGGGCAGCAAGAGGCUUCUAUCUAAUCCCCCCCUUCCAUUCCCUUCAGCAUGGCGGGCAGCGUGGAGACGACACGGCGGGCGGCACGGACGGAGGUGAGGUGCUGAUUUAUCGCUUCAGCAAGGUCGACUCGUGGGGCGAGGAGGGCGAGGGGGCAGUGCGGUGCAGCAAGAGGCUUCUAUCUAAUCCCCCCCUUCCAUUCCCUUUAGCAUGGCGGGCAGCGCGGAGACGACACGGCGGGCGGCACACGGAUGGAGGUGAGGGUCCAAGACUCGAAGACCGCCCCCGACUGCGGCAUAGGUGUUGUGCGGCAGGGGUCGCUGACGGCGUUGGGUCGGACGCGGCCCGCGCCUGA